AUGUCCGAGGUCGUCUCCCUUGCUUCCUCUUCCAAUGGCCGUGUUUCUGGCAAGCCCUGGAAGGAGCGUAAGACCGCUACUGUUCGGUCGCACCUCCCACUCGGUGUAAAAACCAAGAGUUGGGAAGCCCGCAUGCAAAAGACCCAGAAGUCCCUUGCCAUUAAAAAACUAGAAAACGAGCUCAAGGAUGACAGAAAGGCCGAGCUUGAACGCCGCCGAGAGGUCACAGCAGAACGAAAACGUAUCCAAGAGGAAAAACUGAGAUUGGAGGAGGCUAAAGCUCAGAUGGGUGCACGGAAGGCAGCUAGAAUGCGUCGUCGCGCAGGAAGAACCAAAAAAAUCAACCAUUGA